AUGGAGCGGGGCCGGGACGGGGAGGAGGAGCUGGAGGAGGAGGAGGAUGAGGAUGAGGAUGAGGAUGGCGGCCCGGAGAGCGCCCUGGAGAAGAGCCCGUUCCAGCUGACGGCCGCGGAUGUCUACGACAUCUCCUCCGUGGUGGGCCGGGACCUGCUGCAGCUCCGCGCCGGGCCGCAGCUGCCCGCCGCCCGCGCCCGGCUGCAGUUCAGGAUCGUCAGGGUGCUGGAGAUGCUGGAGGCGCUGGUGAGCGAGAGCAGCGUGGUCGAGGAGCAGCUGCGGCGGGAGCGGGACAGCCUCCGGCGGGAGCUGGAGCAGCUGCGGGCGGCGGCCCCCGGGAGCGCCCCGCAGCCCAGCCUUGGACCAGAUCAAAUGGUGAUAGACCUCACAGACCCCAACCGGCCCCGGUUCACGUUACAGGAGCUCCGAGAUGUAUUGCAAGAGAGGAACCAGCUGAAAGCUCAGCUUCUGGUGGUGCAAGAGGAGCUACAGUGCUAUAAGAGUGGGAUCAUCUCACAGAAAAGGGACCAAACUGAAGAACUGGACAAAGAAGCCAGUGGCAGCAGUGCUGGCACCAGAAAGGACAGUGAAGAGAAGACAAUCAUCAAAAGGCUGUUUUCUUUUAAACAUGGAAAAUGAGCAUCCUCAAGGACUUUGCUGCUGGUGAGAAUGGCACUGAUGAGCCUCAGAGGCAUUGGGAAAGACAAUGACUGGAAGCAGCAGCAUCACUCCUACUGUAGAGAAUGAGCAAUCUCAUUAAAAUCAUGUUGUAAAAUA